AUGAAAUCUUACAGAAGUGGUUCCAACUCCUCUGGGGUUUCAGAAUUCCUCCUGAAUUGUUUUGUCAGGUCCCACAGAUGGCAGCUCUGGCUCUCCCUGCCCCUCAGCUUCCUCUUCCUCCUGGCCAUGGGGGCUAAUGCUAUUCUUCUCAUCACCAUCAGGAUGGAGGCUUCUCUACACCAACCCAUGUAUUAUCUGCUCAGUCUCCUCUCCCUACUGGACAUUGUGCUCUGUCUCACUGUCAUCCCCAAGGUCUUGGCCAUCUUCUGGUUUGACCUCAGGUCUAUCAGCUUCUUUGCCUGCUUUCUUCAGAUGUAUAUCAUGAAUUGCUUCCUGGGUAUGGAGUCCUGUACAUUCAUGGUCAUGGCCUAUGACCGCUAUGUGGCUAUCUGCCACCCAUUGCGCUACCCAUCCAUCAUCACUGACCAAUUUGUAGCCAAGGCAGCCAUUUUUAUUUUGGCCAGAAAUGCCCUUAUUACUGUUUCUGUUCCCAUCCUCUCUGCCCGUCUCCAUUACUGUGGGAAAAAUGUCAUUGAGAACUGCAUCUGUGCCAAUAUGUCUGUCUCGCGGCUCUCCUGUGAUGAUGUCACCAUCAAUCGCCUCCUCCAGUUUGUUGGAGGUUGGACCAUACUAGGAUCUGACCUCAUCCUUAUCUUUCUCUCCUACACCCUCAUACUGAGAGCUGUGCUGAGACUCAAGGCAGAGGGUGCUGUGGCCAAGGCCCUAAGCACAUGUGGCUCCCACUUCAUCCUUAUCCUCUUCUUCAGUACCAUCCUCCUCGUCUUUGUCCUCACUCAUGUGGCUAAGAAGAAGGUCUCUCCUGAUGUGCCAGUUUUGCUCAAUGUCCUACACCAUGUCAUCCCUGCAGCCCUCAACCCUAUUGUUUAUGGGGUACGAACCCAAGAGAUCAAGCAAGGAAUUCUAAGAUUACUGAAAAAAGGGUGGUAA